GACGCUCAGAAUCCGGAGGGCAAAGGCUGAGUUUUCGCAGUCUAAUGUCUAAUAAUCAAUUAAUCAGUCAUUAACCUCUCCGUGAUCUCUAUAUAACCCCACAUUUUAAUCACCAGAAGCAGCUCAGCGCCUUGGCCCCCAUUUUUCCAUUAACGACUGAAGAAGAUCCUUCAGAAGAAAGAAAAUAAAGCAUUUGAUUCGCCACAUCUGACUUUUCAGCUUCACUUUCUGUUGAGGAAGAAGAUGGCCGGUGAAAACUUUGGUUUAGGGCUAUUUCUGAUAGCAUCUCUACAGUUUUUCCUUAGAGGACAGUGUAUUAAUGUGGGGAUUACUUAUGUUCAAGAAGCUGGUGCCAAGGGAGCUGUUUGUUUGGAUGGAAGUCCUCCUGCUUAUCACUUCAGUGACGGGGUUGGCGYUGGGAUCGACAAUUGGUUGAUUCAACUCGAGGGAGGAGGAUGGUGCAACAAUGUCACGACUUGCCUCCAGCGCAGAGACACUCGUUUAGGUUCAUCGCGGAAAAUGGUCACCGAGCUUGCAUUCUCGGGUAUUUUGAGCAAUAAACAAAAGUUCAAUCCAGAUUUUUACAACUGGAACAGAAUCAAGGUUCGAUACUGCGAUGGAUCUUCUUUUACCGGAGACGUAGAAGCUGUCGAUCCUGCUACCAAUCUGCAUUUCAGAGGAGCGAGAGUUUUUCGUGCCAUCAUCGAUAACCUACUCGCCAAAGGAAUGAAAAAUGCGAAAAACGCUAUUCUCUCGGGUUGCUCUGCGGGCGGAUUAAGUUCCAUUCUGCAUUGUGAUAACUUCAAAUCUCUACUUCCUUCUACUACUAAAGUAAAGUGCCUCUCAGAUGCAGGGUUUUUUAUCAACGUGAAGGACGUCUCUGGAGCACAGCAUAUCCAAGACUUUUACAGUGAUGUAGUUGCCACACAUGCCUCUGCUAAGAAUUUGCCUAUAUCAUGCACUUCCAAAAUGAAACCCGAGAUGUGUUUCUUUCCCCAAAAUGUGGUUCAGCUCAUUCAGACUCCAAUCUUUCUUGUAAAUGCAGCUUAUGAUUCAUGGCAGAUAAAGAACAUUCUGGCACCUGGUGUUGCCGAUCCACACGGUACUUGGCACGACUGCAAGCUCGACAUAAAAAACUGCUCGCCUAUUCAACUUCGAGUCAUGCAAGGGUUCAGGGUACAGUUUUUAAGUGCAUUGAAUGGCCUUGGAAACUCUUUAUCAAGAGGACUGUUCAUAGAUUCUUGCUAUGCUCAUUGCCAAACUGAAAUGCAGGAGACAUGGUUACGAGAYGACUCUCCCGUGCUCAGUAAGACGACCAUUGCAAAGGCAGUUGGAGACUGGUUUUUCGACAGGAGUCCGUUCCAGAAGAUUGACUGCCCUUACCCUUGCAACCCGACAUGCCACAACCGCAUUUUUGAAGCGAAAGACAACCUAGAAUGAGGGGGUUAUUUCCUCAUUACGUUAUAGCUCAUAAUAGAGAAAAUAUAGUUUGAUUGUGAUUUAUAAGAAAAUAUAGAUCAGGAAAUCGUCAUUCAUCCAAGUGCUCGGAAAUAAGAACGAAGGCCAUCGCUGCACCAAACUCGGGUCAUCGGUGUGUCUUCUUCCAUUGUUUGAGCUAGCUAGAGCUUAGCAUUGUCUUAUUAUUGAAAAUUAAACAUGGUUCCAUUCAAUGUGGAUUUCUAUUCUAUGGAAAUCAAUAUCACCUGAUAUAGUGAUAUUUUCUCUUCU